CUCUUCGUCGAACCCAUCGCAUGCCAGGAACCGUACCAAAGUCCUUUGACCCAUCCCUCGUACAGUCCACAAACUCGUCAGACCAGGCUCAGGCUCCCAAAGCCGCCGUCGUCUCCUCUUCGGACGACGAUCUCCAUCUCCUCACGGCCUCGGCUCAACCGCAACCUCUCUCGCACCCUUCUUCCGGUGUCGCCUCUUUGGGAGCUUCAACAGCCAUUGCCAACGCAUCGCAUACCGCUGCUCUGUCCAACGGCAAUCCAGGUGCCAAGAUGACGUCCAAGUCGGCUGCUCCGCCUCUGCCGCCAAAGGACGAUGAGAAGGAGGUAGCGUUGCGCAAGUUUGUAGAGACGAGCGGUCACUUCUCGCUGGUGCGCAACUUUCGCCUCGCCGAUGCCUUCACCAUCAUGAAUGCCUUCUGCGCAGCACAGUCCUUCUUCUGCUCAGGACGCUAUCUCAUUACGGGCAACACUCGAUAUGCCUGGCUGGCUCUUUGGUGUCCCUUCUUCGGCGCUAUCUUCGACUUGCUCGACGGCAAGAUCGCUCGAUGGAGGGGAGGAGGGUCCAUGCUCGGCCAAGAGCUUGACUCGCUCGCUGACUCGAUUUCCUUCGGCGCUGCGCCCUGCGUGGCCGCCUUCACCCUCGGCCUGCGUACUCCCUUGGACACGCUCAUCCUCACCAUCUUCAUCUGCGCCGGCGUUGCCCGCCUUGCCCGCUUCAAUGUAACGACGGCCCUCAUCCCGCACGACAAGAGCGGCAAAGCCAAGUAUUUCGAGGGUCUGCCCAUCCCGACCAGCCUCAUCCUCGUCGGCGGCAUGGCCCUCUGCCUCCUCUUUGGCAAGUUCGAAGGAGCAGACGUGGUAAAGAUGGAGGGAGGAGCGCUGCAAUUCACCAACCGUUUUGUGUCCGGCUCGACUAGCGGUGUGGUGAGAAAACUCUCGGAGUACUCGUACGGCGUACCAUUCGGGAAGACGGAGCUGGGCCUUAAGCAAGUCGCUGGCCUACUCGGCCUCAAGCUGUCAGGCGGCCUCGUCGACUCGUUGACGGCUGAGCUGCAUUGGAUCAGCCUGCUGUGGCUCGCAUGGGCGGUGGCCAUGGUGAGCAAGACGUUGAGGGUACCGAAGCCCUGAAAGCCAGCAAUGGGAAGCGAGGGAAAGAGCAUACAGGUUGCGGAAGAUCCUCAACGAUCACGACGAGACGAAAUUAGCAGAUUGUUCACAAAAAG